AUGGUUUAUCGUUGCGUUCCGGGUUGCAGCUGUCCCGAAGGGCUUGUGUUAAACGAGGAAGGGGACUGCGUUGAGAUGGCCGAGUGCCCCUGCAUAUUUGUGAACCCAUUUGAAUCUGACGAACUACAAGUACAUGUAGCCGGGACCGUCCUAAAUGUGGACUGCAAUAACUGUACUUGUGUGAACGGCCUUUUUGGGUGCCCCCCCGACUUUUGUGCCCAGGACUGCUCGUGGAACCCCUGGGAGUCCUGGGUGGAAUGUUCCCAGUCCUGGGGGGUUGGCAUGACAACCCGGCCCGGGACAUACCCACAGCCAGUUACUUUUAACGGACUGCCGAGCUGGGCAGCCUUGCCGGAAAACACCGACAUAGAAACUUGCAACCCCCAUGCCUGUUCGGUUGUUGGUGAGUGGAGCCCGUGGGGCCCAUGGUCGGACUGUAGCUCCACGUGCGGGGUGGAGGGCUAUGCCUACCGUAACCGCUCCUGUGACAAUCCGCCGCCCAAGAACGACGGCCAAACCUGCCCGGGAGACAGCGUAGAAGUGAAAGUUUGCUCCUCUCUACCGUGUGAAUGUGUGAAUGUGACUGUGAACUACACACUUCCCAACGCACCGAGCUCCAACCUGACCGACUGCUGUCCUCCCGACAUGAUCCACUCAGAAUGUGCCAACCGAUGUGGACAAAGAUGCUCCGAUGUCCAGCUUGGUGCCACGUGUAUAGAAGAUGUAGAGGAGUGCCAGCCCGGGUGCUUGUGUCCGGACCCGUACGUGUGGCACUCGGGCCUGCAGCAGUGUGUCACAGCGGACAUCUGUUACUGUGUAGUACCCGGCGACGACACGAUAUACGAGGAAGGAGAGGUCAUACAAGUUGGCUGUAAUAACUGCACCUGCACGCUGGGCCAGUUUGAGUGCGGGGACGAGCCAUGCCCGGUGGACUGUGGCUGGAGCGCCUGGUCACCCUGGUCCAUCUGCAGCGCUACGUGUGGUAACGGCACACAGAGCAGAUACAGAUCUCCCAACAACCCGUCAGCCGCUAACGGAGGCCAGCCGUGCGAGCCCGCCGCGACUGAGGAGAUCCAGCCGUGCUCUGCAGACGACUGUCCGCUGGUCUGUGAUUGGCUGGGAGAGGUCGUACCCGUGGGAGGAACAGUCGUUGUGGACUGCCGCGAAUGUAUCUGUAUGGAGGACGGGAGCGUGGUCUGCUAUGACGUCGAGCCGUCCUGCAGUCGUAAGUAA